AGCAUACGAGUAAGCAUCAACUCAUAACCGCAUGCCCGGCGCACAUUCCCAUACUGCUGCUGCUUCGACAACCGCCAGCUGCGAUCCUGCCGUAUGACGUACAGACCUCUGCUACUCGGUCCACCUCGAUGAGCGCGCAGCUCCGUGCAGUAGGGGCCAUGAGCCCCCUCGCCCGUCACGUCACUGUCCGCGCAGUCCGACACUUCCACCAGCUCCCUACCGGCGGCAUCCAGCGCGCCGAGCUAGCUGCCCGCAGCUUUAGACGAUCCCUGCAGUUUCCAUCUAACGCCUACCACAAUGCAGUCAUUGUGCGCAAUGCCUCGUUUGCCCGGUUGCUCCCGAAGCUGGCCAUCAAGUUCAUCAGGAUUCCCGCCCUCUUCGGCGGCUUAGUGAUUGGAACCGUGGGAUGGAUCCAGUAUCAAGCCAUCCAGGUCAGCAAUUCCGCCCAGGAGAUGUAUGGCAACAUGAAGAACACUGUCACGUCCACCGCUUCGAGCUUAUGGGGAAGCGCCAAGGAUAUUGCUGAACAAACGAAAAAGGGGUGGGACAACACUAAGGAUCAGUUUGAGAUGCCAGAGUGGCUCGACAAGAUCAUGCGCGGAGAAGGGGAAGCUGGCUACGGCAAGAGUAGCUCGGGCGGACAAGGCGGGCCGGAACCGCCCAAGCAGAGCAGGGCCGGUGCCGCCGCCGUGGCAGGAGCCUCGGCCGCUGCAUACGGCUAUGAUCAGCCAGACGAGAACGAUGAACGGACACCUGAAGAAGUCUUGAAGGACGACCACAUGAUGUACAUCACGAAGAGGAUGAUCGAGAUCCGAAACCUUCUUCAGAAGGUCGGCCAGUCGAACACGGUCACGCUACCGUCCAUCGUGGUGAUUGGGUCGCAGUCGUCAGGCAAGAGCUCUGUGCUGGAGGCUAUCGUCGGUCAUGAAUUUCUGCCCAAGGGCAGCAACAUGAUCACCCGGCGGCCCAUAGAGCUCACUCUUGUGAACAACCCCGAAGCGCGGACCGACUACGGUGAAUUCCCGGAUCUCGGUCUUAGCAAAGUCACUGAUUUUACCCUGAUACAAAAAACUCUGACGGAGCUCAACCAAUCCGUCCCCGAGUCUUUGUGUGUCACAGAUGAUCCCAUCAGGCUCAUUAUCCACUCGCCGAGGAUACCAGAUCUGUCGCUCAUCGACCUCCCUGGAUACAUCCAAGUGGCUGGAGAAAACCAACCGCGAGAGCUGAAGCGCAAAAUCUCGGAGCUCUGCGACAAGUAUAUCAGGGGGCCCAAUAUCAUUCUAGCGAUUUCCGCCGCCGACACAGACUUGGCAAACUCGACUGCGCUACAAGCAAGCCGUAGAGUGGACCCCAGAGGAGAACGGACGAUUGGUGUUAUUACCAAGAUGGACCUGGUAGAACCCGAGAAAGGGGUUGCCAUUCUAACUGACAGGCAGUAUCCCCUCCGGCUGGGCUACAUUGGGGUCAUCUCCAAGCUCCCUCCGCAAACAGGUCUCUUCAGGAGAGAGACCAGCAAUCUCUUGGUCGGUAUCAGCAGGAAUGAGAAGGCUUUCUUCAACUCGUAUCCAUCCCAGUUCGGACCCGAGUCUGGGGUCAGUACUGGCACCAUGACGCUUCGGAAGAAACUCAUGCAGGUUUUGGAGCAGCAGAUGUCCUCCAAGUUGCACGAGACAACCGAGUCGAUCCAGCGAGAGCUCGAGGAGACAACGUAUCAGUUCAAAGUCCAAUACAACGAGCAACCCAUGAGCGCAGAGGCUUACUUGGCGGCGAGCCUGGAUGACUUCAAGCAUCAAUUCCACGAAUUCACCACUUCCUUUGGCCGAGCCCAGCUGCAAGGGUUGCUCAAGUCUGCUCUUGAUCAAAAGGUGCUCGACCAGCUUGCGGCCAGGUACUGGAACCGGCCAGUCGAAGAUCUUUCUGUUGCGCCCCACGAGCCAGACACCAUCGCCGAUCUACCAAAGGCCGACCCGAACUCUCCGUACUGGCACCGGCAACUCGACACAGCCGCCUCCGGCCUCACCAGGCUCGGCGUGGGCCGUCUCGCAGCUGCUGUGGCCGCGAGCGCAGUUCAGUCCAACAUCGACAAGCUUCUCGACAAGUCAUCCUUCUCGAAGCACCCCUCAGCCCGCAAGGUCAUCAGCGAGGCCGCCUCUACCGUCUUGGCAGACCGCUCGUACGCGACAAGCGACGGCAUCGAGAUUUCUAUCAAGCCAUACAAGUUCGACCCCGAUGUUCAGCCCAAUGAGUGGGCUCAGGCGCGCGAACAUGUCGUUGGCCUCCUGCAAACCGAGCUCGACCAGUGCCAAGCCGCCAUGAAGAGCCUCGAGAAUUCGGUUGGCGGGAGAAAGAAGCUCAAAGAAGUCAUGUCGUUUGUCGACAAGGCGCGCAAAGGCGAAGUUAUUGUUGAGGGCGACCACCCUAGCGGAGCAGGCGGCUUCAGCUCCGCGCUCCUCGCACGAGGCCGAGAAGCCGUCUUCCUUCGCGACCGCGCCGAUAUCAUCAACAUGCGCAUCCAGGCCGCCAAAUCCCGAAAAUGCAAGAUCCUCGAGAACAAGUACUACUGCCCGGAGGUCUUCCUCGACGCCGUCGCCACCAAGCUCGCCCAGACGGCCGUGCUGUUCCUGAAUGUCGAGAUGCUCAACGACUUUUACGUGCGCUUCCCCCGCGAGGUCGAGUCCAAGCUACGCGAGCACAUGGCCGCCGGCGGGCUGGAGCGGUUCGCGAGGGAAGAUCCCAAGAUCAGGAGGCAUCUCGAUCUGAUUCAUCGCAAGGAGCUGCUGGAGCUGGUACUGGCCAAGAUUGAGGACCUGCAUCGGUUUGGUGGGGGUUCGGGUGCUGCCGCUGCCGGGAUGGGCCUUCGAGUAGGUGUGAGGGAGUCGGGGGAGGUCGGGAAGAGGAGCGGGAGGAGGUUUUUCUAAGGUUGGCUUCUUAGAAGGCUUGAGGAGUGGGGGAUUGGCGGGAGGGAGGGUUUGCAUAGUUGUUUGCUUUCAAGGGUUGUGACACGUAUGGCGUUCAGGUGGGUGAAAUCGGUAUCGGGUGGUAGCGGUUGUUGUUUUGACAACACUGUUUUUUCCCCUUCUUCUUUUCUCCCUGUCAUCCAUGAUGUGUAUCGUGCUGGGCCAGCUGUUAGAGUGGAU